GCAGUUCCUCGCACAAAAAUUGGGACUUUACUUUCUUUCAGCUCACAGUCCUUGAUUCUCUUGGUGAUUGAUAGAUUAGUGUGAAGGGCAAGCCAGCGAAAAUGCUAACAGCUGAUAUACCUCCAAAUCAAACUAUUUACAUCAAGAACCUCAAUGAGAAGAUCAGAAAAGAAGAAUUAAAGAGAUCCCUUUAUGCUUUAUUCUCUCAAUAUGGAAGGAUUUUGGAUGUUGUUGCCUUGAAGACACCCAAGCUUCGUGGACAAGCAUGGGUUGUGUUUAACGAGUUGACAGCUGCCAGCAACGCAUUUCGUCAAAUGCAAAAUUUUCCAUUUUAUGAUAAGCCUAUGCGGAUACAAUAUGCCAAAACAAAGUCAGAUUGUGUUGCCAAAGAUGAUGGAAGCUACGUUCCCAGGGAAAAGAAGAAGAAGCAAGGAGAAAAAGCUGAAAGGAAGCGACGUGCAGAAGAAGCACAGCAAUCUGCAAUGACGAAUGGCAUGGGUUCUCAAAAUGGAGGUCCAAAGGCUCCUUUCCAUCAUGGAAAUUUGAAUGCCCAGGAACAGGCUGUACCAAACAAUAUUCUGUUCAUUCAGAAUUUACCUCACGAGACAACUAGCAUGAUGCUGCAGCUGCUUUUCGAACAGUACCCAGGAUUCAGGGAAGUUCGAAUGAUUGAAGCAAAGCCAGGCAUUGCCUUUGUAGAGUAUGAAGAUGAAGAGCAGUCCUCUACAGCCAUGCAGCACCUUCAGGGUUUCAAGAUCGCCCCUCAAUAUCCCAUGGCUAUCACUUUUGCUAAGAAGUGACCUCUCCCUUUUUGUCCGUGAUUGUAUUAUUUCUUGGUAUAACUUUGUAUGGAUAUGUAAUAGGUGCAAAGAUUCAUGCAUACCGUAGUCAUGUAGAUCUCGAAGAAACUAAUCAUGGAAGCCUUGUCUCAUGUCUUUGAUGUUUGAAAGUAGCCAACCCAAGUUAGAUGAUUAUAGCAGAGGAUGCAUUUUGUGAUAACUUGUUCUAUUUCUGCAACUAUGUUGGUUAAAGGUACACUUCUUUCA